AUGAAAAGAGCUUCGGUUAUAGCAAUUACACAUGGAGGAGGCCCGAUGCCAGUCAUUGCUCCCAUCAUGGGCGACACUGGUCACGAACCUCUUAUAGAGUCCCUCAAGACACGCAUCCCUAAGCUUCUGAAAUUGGGUACCCCAGACGCACCCAGAGCCAUUGUCGUCAUCACGCCCCACUGGCUUCCAGAGCGUCCGACCAUAUCAAUCGCCGCGGAGCCUCCACUACUCCAUGACUUUGAGGCCAACUUCCCGCCCAUGGUCUUCGAGAUGAAGUAUAAAGCGCCUGGUAGUCCUGAGAUAGCCGAGGAGAUCUAUCAGGCCUUCUCUGAAGCUGGUCUCGAGCCAGUCAAAGAUUGUGAGAGAGGAUGGGACCACGGCAUCUUCGUUCCCUUCAUUCUCAUCAACCCAUCCGGUGACGUCCCGAUCAUACAGGUGUCCAUUCAGCGCGAUGAAGAUCCGGCAACUCAUUUCAAGAUGGGAUCUGCGCUUAGCAAAUUGCGCGAUACCAAUGUUGCUGUUAUUGGUUCGGGUUUUGGUUCCUUCCACAACAACACGGUUAUGAGGCAGCUGUACUAUAGCGACCCUGCUAGCGAAGACGUACUGCACUGGAGGAAGCUCAUUGCCGAUUGGGAGGAGGAGCUUGGAAAGGCUGUGCUGACGAGGGACCCGGAGGAGAGGUUGAAGUUGUUGGAAGAGUGGCGAGAUAUUCCGCACUCUUAUGACAUUCAUCCUGCGGGAGAGUCUGAGCACUUGAUGCCGCUGCUGGUUUGCGCAGGAGCUGUAGGAUCUAGCGAGGGGAAAACGUUCAAGGACCCGUUUUCCGGGUAUGAGGUUACAUCUUACUACUGGGCCGAUGGCGUAACGGUCUGA